UUGUAUAAAGAGACAUGCAAUCCAGAACGAAGAAUUAGUUCGACGUUGUAUGGCUUAACGGGUGAAUCAUGAAAUCGUUAGUUGUGUUUUUGUGUGCUGUAAUCGCAUAUGGAUCGUCAGCAAAACUUAGGGAAGUUGAAAUCUCGAGAUUUCAAGACUCUAAAAAAGCGUCAGCGCUAGGGCGUAUUGUAAGUGGACAACCAGCCAAUGAAAACCAAUUUCCCUACCAAUGUUCCGUCUUGUCGCCGGUGGGUGCUGGUUUUUCAGUUUGCGGUGGUUCAAUUAUUUCUAGUGGAUGGGUCCUAACGGCUGCUCAUUGCACGGUCGGAUAUGCGCAACAUACUUUACGUUUUGGUACAAUCAAUUUAACAUCGGGUGGACAAACACAAACCGCUUUCGGUGCUAUCAGCCAUCCCGGAUAUAACUCGGUGAAUAUGAACAACGACAUUUCGGUCAUUUCAAUUCCGACUCCACUCACCUUUUCUCCGGCUAUUCAAUCCAUUCGACUACCAACGAAUAGUCAAAUUGGUUCCACUUUCCUUGACGCAACGGCCGUAGUGUCCGGUUGGGGUUCGAUUUAUGAAGGUUCGGGCGCUUCGCAUACAUUAAAUUGGGUCAACAUGCGAAUCAUUUCGAAUACGGCCUGCAUGAACAUCUUUGGUGGAGCUAUUGUUGUUGGACAUGUGGUCUGUGCGACCGGAAUAAAUAGUGCUAAUCAGGGACAUUGCGGUGGUGAUAGUGGCGGGCCGUUAACAAUUCUUGAAUCUGGUACAUCGACUCAAAUCGGUGUUGUGUCAUUCGGAGCCGCUACGGGCUGUGAUCUUCCGUAUCCGUCAGGAUAUAUGAGAACAGCUAACUUUAUCCAUUGGAUAAAUGAAAAGACUGGCAUUGCUGUACGGCCAUAAAAGAGUGAACAAUUUUUCGAAAAGUCAGCCGGUUGGGAAAUAAGUUUAUUUGAAAUAAAGUGAAAGUCAGGAAU